CCGCACCUUCGCGGCGUCGCCGGAGGACGCCGCCGCCGACGCCGAGGUCUCGGACAAGAUCGGCCUCCUGCAGCGCUUUGUCAGGCCCCAUCACCUCGACAUACCCAAGGUCCUCAACAACGAGGCUUCCUGGCUGAAUGUACCUGUUGAGUCGCUAUUCAGUUGGUUCAUCAGCAUCUUUAGUUUUCUGAUGAUUGCAGUUAAAGAACUACAGAAGAUUAAUUCCUUCAAGUCCCCGUGGGAGAAGCUUCUCUGUAUGAUGAGCUGUUGCCAAGUCAUCAAUAACUUGCUGCUAAACGUGUCCAUGACAAAUGACCGGACGCCAUCUGGGGCUGAUGAGUUCCUUCCCAUUCUCAUUUAUAUUACCAUCAAGGCCAAUCCUCCUCAGCUGCAGUCAAAUCUGAAGUUUGUUCAACUCUUCAGAAGAGAAACUAAGCUUGUUUCAGAAGUCGAAUACUAUCUCACAAACCUCAUUUCAGCAAAGAUGUUUAUAAUCAAUGUUAAUGGCCAGUCGCUAUCCAUGGAAGAAAGUGAGUUUCAGAAGCAUAUGGAAUCUGCAAAACUAGGUACUCAAAUGUCUGUUGCUGGCCCUAGUAGUCCACAAGGGUUGGCUACAUCUACGAGGGGAUUACAGAAGCAAAUUGAUGCAGAAGGUUCCAGAUUCCCUUUCAUGGACUCGGAAACUGAAAAUCUGACGCCAGCGGAACUCAAGCAGUUACAUGGGCUCUACAGGAAGACAGUGACCAGAUAUACACUGUUGUCUAAAGCCUUAAGAAAGUUAUCCAUAGAUGAGGAUCAGCUCCUCGCAUCAGUAGAUGAUUCAUGAACUGAUGCAAAGAUUAUUAUUUUGCCACUUGACCGUUUCAACAAAAAACAAGGCAGGAUGGGAGGAGGAGAUUACAUACGUCGUUCAAGUGUCAAAACAUGGUAUCAAAACCUGGAACCGCAUUCAUGUUAAUGUUGUCCCUCGACGAAUAAGCCCAAGACUGCAGAAACAUUAUCACAAUUCAGCAUCCAUGUCCAGGGGGUACCAAACGAUGUGAUACAAAUCGAUGAUCAUGUGGUAAUUGAUGGCCAGCUGAAUGAGUUAUCAACUCACUGGACGCUAAUGAUGCAGCAGGUCAGCAGCAGCUCAUGGAUCUGGAUGUCUGGUUAGGACACUUACCAAAGCAUUGUACAACAGAAUCGGGAUGCAAGCUUUCAUUUGAGUUUCUGAAAAGCGAUAUGAAGAGCCUUCUCCUUGACUUGUUAUCGCAACCCCACCAGGAGAAACAGCCACUACCUGCCAAUUCUGAGCUUGGCAUCAGCGACAUUAAGAUCAUCUGCAUGAUAAAAGGUACUGUUGACCCAGCUUCCUGAGUACAUGUUAACCAAGCAAACAUCAAUUCUGCCGUUAGCCUGACAUGGUUUUCUGCUUGUUAGUACUGAUGUACAGUAGUGACAGCUGCUCUGUUGCUAUAAUAAUUGGUUAAUUAGUUGUAGUUUGUACUGUUUUGAUUUUGAUUAAGAAGUUAAAACCAUAUGGUAUGAAAA